UACAUUACCAAACUGAUUUCCAGUUGAAUUCAUGCAGUUGCUAAAGAUGUUAAUGUUAACGUAAUAUAUUCAAGACGUGUAAUUUAGGACCUGCUACAAAUCUCGGUUCCGGAGGUCUACAGCUUCCUUGUAACAAGUGAUUUAUAGCUAGCACGUUGGUGAUUUUUAUUUACGGGGCAAUUUGAUGGGCAAAAUCUACAGAACGAACCGAAUACAGAAGAAUAUUUGAAGGAAAACACUUGAAGAUAAAUUUUUGAAGUUCCUCAGGAAGAACUAAGAGAGAUCCACUCAUAUGUUUACUGUUUGACAAGGUAGUGGUCUCUUCUUAAUGAAAGUGUGUUCCGCACACUUUGAGUUACCAACACACAAGGACCAAACACUUUUGUUUGUAGGAAGGAAGUCAUGUACUACACAAAUACAGGUUUGAAGCAGAAAUAAAAGUUUCCUUGUAAAAGCAGGAAUAUUAGAACAUCUAAUAAAACUGAUCUCUGCAAGUGUACAAGAUGGAUAGCAAAGGCAGUGCUGAAUUGUUGAACUCUGAGACAAAUCACUCAAAACAUGCGAGUUCUGAUUCCUUGGCUUCAGAUUCCAAGUCCAGCUCACUUAAUUCCAAGUUAGGCCAAGAGUCAGUAAGUUCAGGCAAAGGCUCUCCUUCUAAAAGCUACUGUUCAUCCAGCUCAACCUCAACAGAAAAUGUAGUCUCCACUCUUGAAAGUAAGAUUAAAGGCAAAACAAAUUUGUCUGAAUCUGUUCCACCAUCUCGGCCUGAUGACCCGCCCCUCCUUCCUGGGGAGAAAGUUCAAGGAGUGGCACGAGAAGUCACAUAUUUGUGUCCAUACAGUGGUCCUGCUAGGGGUGUAUUGUCAGUAACAAACUACAAGCUUCAUUUCCGCAGUAUGGACAGGGACACUCCAUAUGUUGUUGAUGUGCCUCUUGGUGUCGUUAGUCGAAUUGAGAAAGUUGGUGGAGCAUCAAGUAGAGGUGAGAACUCAUAUGGUAUAGAAGUCUUCUGCAAAGAUAUGCGCAACCUUAGAUUUGCACAUAAACAGGAAAAUCAUUCCCGGAGGAACGUGUUUGAGAAACUGCAGCAGUAUGCAUUUCCUCUUUCCCACAAGUUACCUUUGUUUGCAUUUGAGUACAGUGAGACAUUGCCAGAGAAUGGCUGGACAGUCCACGAGCCAAUUGCUGAACUUAAGAGAAUGGGAGUUCCAAAUGAUAUGUGGAAGAUUUCAAAAAUCAAUGAGAAUUAUGAGAUAUGCGAUAGCUACCCUACAGUGUUGGCAGUUCCAGCUCAGGCCACAGAUGAUGACCUGAGAGCUGUUGCAGCAUUUAGGAGUCGAGGUCGCAUUCCAGUAUUAUCAUGGAUCCAUCCAGAGAGUCAGGCCACCAUCUCCCGUUGCUCACAACCAUUAGUGGGUGUCAGUGGAAAGCGUAGCAGAGAGGAUGAGCGAUACAUUCAACUCAUCAUGGAUGCUAAUGCUCAGUCACAUAAAAUGUUUAUUAUGGAUGCAAGGCCAAGUGCAAAUGCAAUAGCAAACAAGGCCAAGGGUGGUGGCUAUGAGUCAGAAGAUGCUUAUCAGAAUGCUGAACUUGUGUUUCUAGAUAUUCAUAAUAUUCAUGUUAUGAGAGAGAGUCUCAGGAAGUUGAAAGAGUUGUGCUUUCCAAGUAUAGAAGAGUCUCGUUGGCUUUCUGGAGUUGAAUCUACCUAUUGGUUAAAACACAUCAAAUGCAUUUUAGCUGGAGCUGUUCGUAUUGUAGACAAAGUAGAGAAUCACAAAACCUCUGUUUUGGUCCAUUGUUCAGAUGGUUGGGACCGCACAGCUCAGCUUACAGCUUUGGCAAUGCUUAUGCUAGAUCCAUAUUACCGCACAAUAAAAGGCUUUGAGGUACUCAUCGAGAAGGAGUGGCUUGGUUUUGGACACAAGUUUCAACAUCGGAUUGGGCAUGGUGAUGAUCACCAUUCUGAUGCAGACAGAUCACCAGUAUUUCUUCAGUUUAUUGACUGUGUGUAUCAGAUUACAACACAGUUUCCCAAUGCUUUUGAGUUCAAUGACCAUUUUCUAAUUACCAUACUAGACCAUCUGUACUCCUGUCGUUUUGGAACAUUUUUGUUUAACAGUGACAGGGAAAGGGCUUCUGAAGGUGUGAAGCAGAAAACUGUGUCACUGUGGUCAUUUAUCAACUCUGAUCUGGAUGUGUAUCGCAAUCCACUGUAUUGGUCUCCGGCAGCAUACCAGCAGGUGCUUGUUCCAAUAGCAAGUGUGAGGCACAUUACACUCUGGAAGGGUCAUUACUGUCGUUGGAAUCCUAGCAUGCGUCCACAGGAUCCAGUUUAUCAGCGUACCAUGGAGUUACUAGUACUGAAGGAGCAAUUGGAGAAGCUAACUGAGGAGUGCAAGCGAGAGCAACAGUCAAGAGCUGCUAGAAAUAUGGCUACACCACCUCGUUUAGCCUCCCCAAUACGUAAUUAAUUACAAAAUAGUCAUGCACUAAACCCACAGAAUGUGUUCAUAUAUAAUCUGCUCAAGAACCAAACAGCAUAAGUCUGAAACUAAUAUUUCAACAGGUAUAAUGUUAUUGAUAAAUUUAUUUAUAAAAUAUUUAGGAAUUAAGACAGUGCAGAUGCAAUAAUGACAUCAAGGAUAAGUUUAUUACCUGAAUUCUUGAAUCUGAUAUUGUGUCAGAUUGAUUUCCUGUAAUUUAUUCUGCUGACUACCAUUACUGAUAUUGAAGUUCAACAUUGAAACUUGGUAGUCUGAAUCUUUGCUUUUUACCCUAGGUUUUCUAAGAAUGUAUUUCACUCACACUUUCAUACAGUAUAUAUGCAGAUGAUAAUUUUUUGUAAAGGGAAAGAUAACUUAUGAUUUCUUGAUAUAAAUGUUUUAACAUUUAUAUUUACAAAGUAUUGCAGGUCAUGGAGAUGUCUUGGGAUGCCUGUUGUUGGUAUCUCAAAAGCAGGUGUUUUAUCAUUGGUGGGUUUAUGAUUCCCAGUUACUUGAAUGUGUCUAGAAAUGUUAUCUUCAUCAUAUACACCCUGUAACCAUCUGUAAGACAACAGAUAUAAUUGAAGAAUAGAGCAAUAGAAGUCCACCAUCACAACUUUCAGUGUCAACCCCAAUUUCUGCUGUUUAUAUUUAACAAGGUAAUUUAUUUAAUG